AUGGCUGAAGUGGCAGAAUCUGGCCCCAUUGAUUCCCAGGCGAAAAAUGUGGUAUAUUGUGGCGUUUGUACACUACCCCCAGAGUAUUGUGAAUUUGGCGGGACGGCAAAGAAAUGUGAAGAAUGGUUGAGUGAUAAUCAUCCAGACUUUUACAAACAACUAUACUCCGAAGAAGCACUCAGUGCCAAUUUGUCAACGCUCUCAGUAUCCGUCCGUGAACGUGCGGCCAAAGAUGCCGCCAAAAAGGAGGCGAAAGCGGCUAUGGUAGAAGCACGCGAUGCCGAGCGAAAGGCGGCCUCCAAAGUCCAAAUCAAGCGGGUUGAACGCAACAAGCGCAAGCACGUCACCGUUAUCACAGGUCUCGAGGUGCAUGGAUUGGAAAACAAAAAGGUGGCCAAGGAUCUCGGCAAGAAAUUCGCUACCGGCUCUUCGGUGACAAAGUCCGCUGCAGGGACUGAAGAGAUCACAGUGCAAGGAGACGUAAGCGACGAUGUAAGAGAAUGGUUGUUGGAAGUGCAUGGCAAGGAAAUUCCCGAGGCAAACAUCGAGAUGGUUGAGGAUAAGAAGAAGAAGGCAAGUAGCUGA